AUGAAUAAUGACUUAGGAAUAUUGAAUAAUAGGUUUCAUAUGAAAGCUAUACAGAACAGAAAGAGAUUUUCAUCUGUUGAUUAAAUAUAAAAUUCAGAAGCCAAAGAAGGCAAGAAAAAAAAUGAAUAUUACUAAAGAUGGUUAACUACCAAAAAAGAAUCCAUUUAGAAAACUAACUCUGAAUCGAAUAUUGAAACUCUCACUCCUUCAACUCCUUAAGCUUAGAUCCCAACAAAAUUAGAACCUAAACUUCUAAAAGACAUUAUGAAUAAAUAUUUUAAAGCGGAGUAAUGA